AUGGCUGCCAGUUUCGGGGAGAACUUGCUAAAGGAGAUUCACGAGGAAGGGCUGGAUGAGAUCUUCUGCGGCCUGCGAAGUCUGCUGGGGCCAUCCCCACGAUUAGGAGCAGAUGCGCUGGAUAACCUGGUCGGGGUCUUUACGCCUGUCGGUCCUGUCCCCGUCGUGGAAAGGACACUUCCUGUUAGCCAGGAUGAACAGGAGGACGUACAGGCGGAGGUCCUGUCCAAGAAGCGCUAUGAUCCCGUCGUGGAAAUCUCCAGCGUCUCGUCUGCGGCAGGGAAAUCUCAGCUCCUGUACUAUCUGACGGCGAUGGCAGUCCUCCCAUCGACGUUCAAUGGCAUACGUCUAGAUGGAUGCACAGCUGCCGUCGUCUACAUCGACACGGACGGCCGGUUUGACGCGGAACGGCUGCGAAGCAUCGCUAGGGGUAUAGUUGAACAGAAAACCAGACAGCCAGACUAUGCAACGAACCCCCCUAAUCACACCGGCAUGGAAACCAUGCUCGCAACCGCCCUGCAGCACGUCCAUGUCUUCCGGCCCCAGUCAUCCUGCUCGCUCCUCGCUACCCUGCGCACACUAGACACCUACCUGCUGGACCUCCCACGACACCACUCCGCUCCCCGACCCCUCCACGCAAUCUUCCUCGACAGCGCGAGCGCCUUCUUCUGGCCGGACCGGCUGCGCGACGAGAUCGCACGCAUAGAGGACAUCGGCCGGCCGUACGCGGAGAUCGAGCGCGAGCGGCGCCUGCAGCUGAGCUUCCAUAUCGCCGAUCUCUACGCUGCACUCGUUGCUGAGCUGAGGCGUCUGCAGCGACGGUUUGGCUGUACGGUCGUGUACACCACUACGGUACAUACUACGGGGCGACCGUCUGCGUCAAUUCCAGCGUCCGGCCCGUUCGACCUCUACAACCCGGUAGAAGAACGGAGCCGUAGUCGCGUCCACGCACCGUCGCUGCGGCCCCUGCUUCCAGGAUGGGGUGCGUUCCCGACACUGCGACUGGUCGUUGGUCGGGAGGCCGUCCGGGCGUUUCCAUCGGGGACGACAGUGCACGGGGCGCGUCGGGUCGCAGACGCACGACAGGACGCGGUCCGACGGGGUCAGUUCCGGGCGAGGGUUAACGCAUGGGGAGAGGAGGAGUGGCCGCAGCGGUUGGUGGAGCAGAUCCAGCAGAAAGGGGGAUUUCCCUUCACGAUCACCGAGGGAGUAGUCAUGAUAUAA